AUGACUUGUUCACUCUUCAUCGGCAACAAGCGCUACUCCUCUUGGUCAAUGCGACCCUGGGUUCUCCUCAAAGCCCUCGAGGUCCCCUUCGACGAGAAACUGAACCUCUUCAAACCCGGCCUUCGUCAACCUGACUUCCUCGCUUUUUCACCAAGCGGAAAAGUCCCCUGUCUUCACGACGGAGAAACAUCAAUUGUUGUAUGGGACUCGUUGGCUAUCUGCGAGUACAUUGCUGAGAAAAACCCCGCCGCUUGGCCGACGGAUGCAGCAGCACGCGCUUUUGCUCGCUGUGCCGCUGCGGAAAUGCACUCUGGCUUCGACGCCAUUCGCGAUGAGUGCUCUAUGAACGUUGGAUUGAGGAUUGAGCUCGGAACACCGAGUGAAGCACUUCAGAGGGAUAUCAACCGCUUCAAUGAGCUUUUUAAAGAGGGGUUGGACAAGUUUGGUGGACCGUGGUUGGCGGGUGAUAAGUUUACGGUUGUGGAUGCUAUGUAUGCUCCUAUUGCUUCAAGGGUGAAGACCUAUGGUAUUGAGCUGGAUGGUGCGGCAAAGGAGUACGCUGAUCGGUUGUUUGAGCAUGAGGCUGUGCAGGCGUGGAUUCAGGGCGGUAUCAAGGAGACGAGCAGAGAGCCUUUCCACGAGGAGGAUUGUGUGAGAGGCCGAAAGGUUCUGAAGGACUUGACCAAGGAGUAA